AUGUCCACCCCAUCUGGCAUCGCCAUCAUCGGCGCAGGCCUCUCCGGCCUCACCCUUGCCCUCGCCCUCCACCGCCAAAACAUCCCCUGCACCAUCUACGAGUCCCGCGAGGCGUCUCUCGACAUCGGAGGCGCCCUCAUGCUCUCCCCCAACGCACUCAAGAUCCUCGACGCCCUAGGCGUAUACAAAAAUAUCGCCCCCCUGGGCCAUCACUUCGAGAAGCUCUACUUCCAUUCCGAUGACGACACGCCAGUUGAUGACUUCGACUUUGGCUCCCAGGAAAGACACGGCUUCAAAGCUGUCCGCAUCUACCGUUACGAGCUCAUCAACGUCCUCGUGACCAUGGUCCGCGAGGCCGGCAUCCCCGUCGAGUUCCAAAAGAAGUUUGACCAUGUCGUCUCAGAAUCUUCCACUUCUGUUACUUGGACCUUUGCCGACGGAUCCACCGCCAGCGCAAAGCUCCUCGUCGGAGCCGAUGGCAUUCACUCCCGCGUCCGCAAGCACCUAUACCCGGAUCUCACUCCCAAAUUCACAAACAUGAUUGGCGUUACCGCCGCCGUGCCUCGCGCGCAACUUCAAGCAGAGCCCAACUACCCGCUGCCCGUGACAAUCAUGAGCCCCAAGCACGGGGCCUUUGUCAUUGCUCCGCAGCUCGCUGACGGCUCAGAAGUCUUCAUCGGAAAGCCAAAGCGUCUUGAGAGCGAGUAUGACCGCGCGGGAUGGGACGAGUUGUUAAACAACAAGGCUUGGUGUGUUGAUUUUCUGCGCGAGGGCAGCGCCGACUUCCCUCCCAUCGUGGCCAAUGCCGUGUCCAACAUCCCGCUCAAAAGCAUCAACUUGUGGCCCUUCUACGUUGUCCCCAAGCUGGAUACCUGGGCCAAAGGUCGUGUCGUGAUCCUCGGCGACGCAGCUCAUGCGAUCCCUCCAACCGCCGGCCAAGGCGUAAACCAAGCCUUUGAAGACGUGUAUACGUUUGCCGGCAUAGUCGCCAAAGUGCAACAGAAGAAGGAGUCAGAAGACGGCAAGGAAGACGCUGCGCGGAUCGGUAAAGCGUUGAAGAACUGGCAGUUGGGUAGACAGGCGCGUGUGGACAGAGUAUUGGACCUGAACGACAAGGUGAACAACAGACGACUGCCCGAUGCAGUCAAAGCUGGCAACUUUGAACCGUUUGACUUGGAUUGGUUAUAUGAUGUUGAUUUCGAAAAGAUGAUCGCCGAGUGGGCAAGCUGA